UUGGUGAGGAGGUUGAUGGAGGGGCUAGAGGCGGCGAAGGCGGACAGGGAGGUCCUCGAGUUGCAGUGUGAGCAAAAGUACCAUAGGUUGGAGCAGAGGGCGAGCAAGAGCCAGGAGGAGUUGGAGAAGUUGUUGGAGCAGAAGGAGGCGUUGCAGGAGCAGAAUGCGUCGUUGAGGUCGAGCAUGUUUCAGAUGCAGGGGGAGUUGUCGGAGUUGGUGAGGUCGAAGGGGUGUUUGGAGUUGGAGUGCGCGAGUUUGUCGAGUCAGGUGAGGGCGUUGGAGGUGGAGGUGAGGGACAGGUUGUCGAGGGAGGAGGGGGAGGGGAGGAGGGCGGGGGAGGAGAGGAGCAGGGUGGAGUUGUUGUCGAAGUUGACGGUGACGGCGAGGGAGUACGCGGAAUUGCAGAGGAGGUACGAGAGGCAGAGCGCGGAGAGGGUGUCGGAGAGGUUUGAGAGGGAGAGGUUGGAGGGGGAGGUGAAGUUGUUGAGGGAGGAGGUGGGUAGGUUGUCGGAGGAGUUGGAGAGGAGUAGGGAGAGGUUGGGGGCGUUGAGGGAGGAGAGUGGGGAGGUGCAGUUGGAGUUGAGGAGGAGGAUGGGGGAGGUGCAGGAGGAGAGUUGGAGGGUGCAGGUGAGGUGCAGGGGGUUGGAGGCGGAGGUGAGGGAGAAGGAGAGGAGUUUGAGCAGGGCGAGGGAGGAGUUGGAGCAGUACGAGAGGAGGGUGGCGAGUGAGAGGGGGGUGGGGGAGGAGGUGGCGAGGGAGAUGGAGAGCAUGUCGAGGUAUUACGAGGAGGGGAUGAGGGAGAUGGGGGAGUCGUUGAGGGCGUUGAGGGAGGAGGGGGAGGGGUGGGAGAGGAGGUUGAGGGAGGAGGAGGAGAAGAGGAGGGAGGAGGUGGGGGAGUUGAGGAGGGAGUUGGAGGAGAAGUCGGGGGAGGUGGAGAGGUGCAGGGGGGAGUUGGAGAGGUUGCAGUCGUAUUUGGAGUAUGGGAUGAGGGAGUGGGAGGGUUGGAUAGGGGAGGGGGAGGGGGAGAGGGGGGGGGAGGUGAGGUACGUGCAGUUGUCGUGGCCGCCGGUGGAGCAGUUGAGGAGCAGGGUGGAGAGCGUGUUGGAGGAGUUGGGGUUGGUGGAGUACGAGCAGAGGUACGAGGUGGCGUCGCACCAGUUGUGCGGACAGAGGGCGGAGAAUCGUCGGUUGGUGAGUUACUUCGAGGAGUUGGAGUUGGAGUUGGAGAGACAGGGGCCGAUAUUGGAGGAGAACAGGGAGAGGUACCAGGCGACGUACGAGGAGUUGGAGGAGGCGAGGGGGAAGUUGAGGGAGUUGAGGGAGAAGGUGAGGGAGCAGAGGGGGGUGAUAGAGGGGUUGGAGGGGGAGUGCAGGGAGGCGAAGGAGGAGGCGAGGGGGUUGUCGAGGCAGUUGAGGGGGUUGAUGGGGGGGAGGAGUGGGUCGGAGGAGGCGGAGGUGGAGAGUGAGAGGUGGGUGGAGGCGUGGAGGAGGAGGUGGGAGGAGAGGUGGGAGAGGGAGAGGAGGGGGGAGGGGGAGGAGGAGGAGGAGUUGGAGGAGGGUUGGGAGGAGUUUGGGGGAGUGGAGGAGUUGUUGGGGAAGAACAGGGUGUUGUGGAGGUUGGUGGGGGUGUUGAGGGGGGAGGUGAGGGAGGCGUGGGGGGUGAGGAGGGAGUUGUUGGAGGCGAGGGAGGCGUUGGAGGGGGUGGAGGAGAGGAGGAGGGGGUUGGAGGAGAAGCAGGGGGAGUUGGAGAGGACGGUGGAGAGUUUGCAGGGGAUGUUGAAGGAGAGGGAGGAGGAGUCGGAGGAGGGGGGGGGAGUGGAGGAGUUGAGGGAGUGCUGCGCGGAGUUGUGCGGGGAGGUGGAGAGGAUGAGGAGGGAGAGCGAGGAGUUGAGGAGGGGGGUGGAGGAGGGGAGGGGGAGGGAGGAGGAGUUGGAGAGGCGUUUGAAGGGUUACGUGGAGUGUUGCGAGGCGAGGGAGAGUCAGUGGCGCGAGUUGGAGGGGAGGUUGGAGGAGGCGAGGGAGUUGGUGAGUCGAUACGAGGAGGAGUUGAGGGUGCAGGAGGGGAGGGUUCGGGAGAGUGAGGGGACGAGUCGGAGGUGGGAGGAGCGUUGGAGGGUGGCGAGCAGGGAGCAGGAGUUGGCGUUGGCGGGGUUGGAGGAGGCGAGGAGGGAGUUGGAGAGGGUGAGGAGCGAGAGGAGUUCGGUGGAGGUGUUGUCGAGGGAGAUAGGGGAGGUGUUGUCGGAGAGGCGGGAGUGGGUGGAGGGGCAGAGGAGGGAGUACGAGGAGAGGGUGAGGGAGGCGAGGGAGGCGAUGGAGGGGUUGAGGGGGAGUUUGGAGAGCGAGGUGAGGGAGGAGGCGAGGAGGAGGGAGGAGGCGGAGGGGAGGGCGAGGGAGGCGGAGGAGAGAGUGAGGGAGGCGGAGUGGAGGAGCGAGAGGGCGGAGAGGGAGUUGGAGGAGUUGAGGGAGGAGAAGCGGAGGUGGGAGAGUCGGGGGGGGGAGAGGUGGGCGGAGAUAGAGGUGGAGGAGUUGAGGGAGAAGCAGGAGUUGGUGGGGGAGAGGUUGGAGGAGUACAGGCGUUUGUUGGAGGAGAGGGAGAGGCAGGUGGAGAGGCUGAGGGGCGAGUUGGAGAGGUUGAGGAGGGAGUUGGAGGGGCGGGUGGAGGAGAGGGAGAGGGAGGUGGAGGGGUUGAGGAGGGAGGUGGAGGAGUUGAGGAGGGAGGUGGAGGAGGGGAGGGUGGAGAGGGAGGGGUUGGAGGCGGCGAGGGGGGGGUUGGAGGAGGAGUUGAGGGAGAGGGAGGCGGAGAGGGGGAGGAUGGAGGAGGAGUUGAGGAGGGUGAGAGGGAGUUGCGAGGGGUUGGAGAGGGAUCGGGGUUGUUUGGAGAGCGCGGUGAGGGAGAUGAGGGAGGGGUACGAGAGGCAGGUGGUGGAGUUGGCGAGUGCGUUGGAGAAGUGGAAGUUGGCGAGGAAGGAGUUGGAGGAGGCGGAGAGAGAGGCGGAGGGUGCGAGGAGGGAGUGCGGGAGGUGCCGGACGGAGUUGGAGGCGGUGAGGUUGGAGAGCGAGAGGAGGGUGGAGGAGUUGGAGAGGAGGGUGAGGGAGGAGGAGAAGAUGAGGGAGGAGGGGAAGAGGGUGAUGGGGGAGUUGGUGAAGGAGGUGAAGAAGUUGAAGUUGGAGGAGAAGUACUGGAGGGAGCAGGAGUUGGGGAGGAGGGGGGAGGAGAGUUGGGUGGACGGGUUGCGCGUGGACGAGAGCGAGGGUGGGUUGGUGUUGGUGGAGGGGGGUGGUGGGAGUUCGGUGUCGUCGGUGUGCGAGGUGAACGCGUGGUUGAAUCGGGAGUGCGAGGCGAUGUUGAGGAGGUUGCACGAGCAGACGCAGAAGGUGGCGGAGUGGAAGGAGAGAGCGGAGUGGUACCGGGAGCAGAUGAGUCGGUACAAGGAGAGGGUGGAGGAGCAGGAGGGGGAGUUGGUGAAGGCGAGGUGCGAGUUGGUGCAGGGUGGUGGGUCGUGCACGGAGCAAGAGCCGUUGAGUUUGUCGGGCGCGCUGAGCCAGGUGAACUUGUUGCGCGAGAGCAACGCGAUGUUGCGGUUGAGGUUGGAGGAGGCCGAGAAGCGGCAGGAGGCGUCGGAGAGUCGCGUUAGGGAGUUGGAGGGCAAGGUUGAGCCGUGCGAGCGGUCGGAGAGGGAGUUGUCUCAGCUGAACGAGAUGCUGAGUGGGAAGUGCGAGAGGUUGGAGGAGGCGUGCGCUCGGUGGCAGAAGAGGGCGACGGAGCUGAUUAGCAAGUACAAGAAGGUGGAUUUGACGGUGUACGAGCAGUUGCAGGGUCGCGUGGAGUUGCUCCAGGCGGAGAAGGAGUCGCAGGAGCGAAGGCAGCGGGAGCUGGAGGGCCGGGUGAAGGAGCUGGAGGCGGAGCGCGCGCAGCACAAGAGGCAGGCGAAGCAGUGGUCGAGGCAGGAGGAGUCCCAGGCGGCUCGGAUUCGGGAGCUGUCGCAGGAGCUGGACGAGUCGAAGGAGAGGGCGUGCGCGACGAAGUGGAGCUUGGACGAGCUGGAGGGCCGCGUGGCCGAGUUCGAGAAGCGAGUGCAGAAGCUGGACGGCGAGAAGAAGCAGGCGAUUUUGGUGAUAGAGGACUGGAGGAAGAAGUACGAGAAGAAGAGGGAGUCGCUGAAGCGCGUGGAGCUCAGGCUGGCGGAGUCGAAGAAGGAAGGGGCGGCGCUGAGACAGGCGCUGGAGGAGAAGGAGAAGGAGUUCGCGGACUGUAAAGUGAGGUCGGGGAAAGAAAGACCCGCGGAGACGGACGCGGACUCAGUGAGAGACAGCGAGGCGCUGGAGUCGGAGGGAGUUGAGUUGUUGGAGCGAGGCGCAUUGAUGAUCCCCGACGCCGUGGUGCGGCUUCUUCUGAGCAAGAAGCGCCAUUUGGCGGAGUUGCUCCAGCGAAAGUACGAGCUCCUGAAGCUCAAGUCUGAAAAAGCGGGAAAAAAAGAAGGAAUCACCGAGCCCGAUCCGCACGCAGAGUGCCAGAGCAUUGAAAGCGACUCCGCUCACGCGGAGGACGACACGGUGGCCUGAGAGGGCAC